AUGGAGCGUGGCUCCUCACAAGGUCGACUAAGGCUAGCGAGACAAAUUUCAUAUCGCCUGAUGCUUGUGACUGUAGCUGAGCCUGCUGAACCUGACGAGAAUAUCGAAACUUUAGGGGGUUUAUGCAACGCCCAACGCCACUCUCACACUCCCCUCUUCUCUGUUUCUCUCUCCCUGUUUCUCUCUCUUCCUCGGCGGAGUCGGGUAACCGCCGCGCCGCGAUUGUGGUCACCGCGGCCGCCGCCGCCGCCGCAGUUGCAGCAGACCUCCGUCGCCUCGCCGUCGCCGUUCGGGCCGUCCGGUGGCGCGUCGUUACUAGUAUCGGCGGGCGCCGGGCGGCCGCCAGGCACGGCCGCAUCCGAUGCGGCGGCGCUGCAGGCGCUCCGGAGCGCCGUGGGGCGCUCGGCGCUGCCGUGGAGCCCCUCGGCGGCGGCGUGCUCGUGGCAGGGUGUCGGGUGCGACGCGGCGGGGCGCGUCGUCUCCCUCCGCCUCCCCGGCGUGGGGCUCAUCGGCGAGGUCCCCGCCGGAACCCUAGGCAACCUCACCGCGCUCCGCACCCUCAGCCUCCGCUUCAACGCCCUCUCCGGCGCCCUCCCCGGCGACCUCGCCGCGCUCUCCGAGCUCCGCAACCUCUACCUCCAGCGCAACCGCCUCUCGGGCGAGAUCCCCGCCGCGAUCUUCGCCCUCCCCAAGCUCGUGCGCCUCAACCUCGCCGGCAACAACUUCUCCGGCGAGAUCUCGCCGGCGUUCAACAACCUCACCCGCCUCGGCACCCUCUACCUCGAGGAGAACCAGCUCUCGGGCGAGAUCCCGGAUCUAAAUCUCCCGAGCCUCGUCCAAUUCAACGUUUCCUUCAACAAUCUCAGCGGAUCGAUCCCCUCGCGCCUCCGCAAAAUGCCCGCGAGCUCGUUCCUCUCCACCGGUCUCUGCGGUGGCCCGCUGGGCCUGUGCCCGGGGGAGAUCGCUCCGUCGCCCGCGGAGGGGCCCGGAGGAGGAGGAGGAGCAGGAGGAGGAGGGGAGAGCAACAAGACGAAGAAGAAGAAGAAGCUCUCCGGGGGAGCGAUCGCGGGGAUCGCGGUGGGGUGCGCCAUUGGAGCGCUCCUCCUCCUCGCCCUCCUCGUCCUCCUAUGCAAGCGCCGCGGCGCCGGUAGGAGCAAGACGAGAUCGGCGGAUGCGGCUGCGGUGGAGCGGAAGCUUCCAGAAUCCGCGGCAGCGGAAGGGAGGGAGAAUGGGCAUUCGGCGGGGGGCGGUGCCGCAUCGGCUAGCGCUGCUGCUACCGCAGCUGCUGCGUCGAAGGGGGAUUCGGGCGGGGCCGGGGCGGGGGCGAAGAAGCUGGUGUUCUUCGGGGGACCGGCAUCGGCGGUGCUGGAGAGCGGGACGACGGUGGCAGUGAAGCGGCUCAAGGAGGUGAGCCUCCCCGAGAGGGAAUUCCGCGAGAAGGUCGAGGCCGUGGGCUCGCUGCGCCACGAGAAUUUGGUGCCCCUCAUGGCCUAUUACUACAGCAAGGACGAGAAGCUCCUCGUCUACGACUACAUGCCCAUGGGGAGCCUCUCCGCCCUCUUGCAUGGCAACCGAGGCUCCGGCCGGACCCCGCUCAACUGGGAGACCCGUCUGAACAUUGCCCUCUCCGCCGCCCGCGGCGUCGCCUACAUCCACUCCGCCGGCCCCCCCUCCGCCAACUCCCACGGCAACAUCAAGUCCUCCAACGUCCUCCUCUCCAAAUCGUACGCGGCCCGCGUCUCCGACCACGGCCUCGCGCCCCUCGUCGGCCCCCUCUCCUCCCCGUCCCGCGUGGCCGGCUACCGGGCUCCGGAGGUCACCGACCCGCACAAGGUCUCCCAAAAGGCCGACAUCUACAGCUUCGGCGUGCUCCUCCUCGAGCUCCUCACGGGCAAGGCCCCGACCCAAGCCCUACUAAACGAAGAAGGGGUCGAUCUGCCGCGGUGGGUCCAAUCGGUCGUGCGAGAGGAGUGGACCCAAGAAGUGUUCGAUCUCGAGCUCUUGAGAUACCAAAAUGUAGAGGAGGAGAUGGUUCAGCUUCUCCAGCUCGCCAUAGACUGCGCCGUGCAGUAUCCCGACAACCGGCCCCCAAUGUCGGAGGUGGUGAGCCGGAUUGAGGAGAUCCAAAAGUCGGGCGUACGGGCCGCGGACAAGAACGAAUCUCAAAGCAUCGAGGACGGGGGCGACGAUCGGUCCUCCGCACGGACCGAGUCGAUCGAAGGGCCCAGACAACUAUGAAAAUCUGAAAUCUUGAGCCAGUAGUCACCAAGCCAGGGUGGUGGAUUGGACUCAUGGUUUAGUGAAUCACUUUGUUAUUAUUACUUGGUUCCAUUUUCAUUUAUUAGCAAACUAUGAAUCUCUCUCUUAUCUCUCUCUCUCUCUUAUCUCUCUCUCUUUAUUCUGCAAUUCCAUAGCAGAUGUUUUUUCUCUUCUGAUUGUUGUUAAGGGGGGAUUGGUUGGUGAUGUAUCUAGGAUGAAUACCCACCUGUUCAAAUUGUUGAUUUUUAUGGUACUUCCUAGGGCUUUCUCA